AUGCCCGUCGCAGCCUGGUCUCCUCCGCGCGCCCGUGUCCAGCUCAAGCUCUCGCGGGAACGACUACGACUGUUGCAGCAGAAGAAGACGCAAAUCGCCAAAGCGACACGGAGGGAAGUCGCGGGUCUGCUGGAGAAGGGCAAGUUGGAGAGCGCGAGGAUCAAGGUCGAGGGACUGCUGGCGGAGGAUCUCUACGUCGAGUUGCUGGAGGUGCUGGAGCUGUACUGCGAACUGUUGUUGGCUCGCUUUGGGCUGUUGGAGACUGUCAAAGAGAUUGACCCAGGCGUGCAAGAAGCCGUCGCAGGCAUCAUUCAUGCCGCACCAAGAACGGAGCUGAAGGAGAUCCACAUCCUGCGGGAGAUGCUCAUGAGCAAGGGCGGGCGAGAUUUUGCGGUUGCUUGCAUCGACAACGAGGACAAUAUUGUUCCCGAGCGGAUCACGUCGAAGCUGGUCAUCCAGACGCCGCCGCAAGACCUUGUCGACCUGUACUUGUACGAGAUCGCAAAAGCUUACUCCGUCGAUUGGCGACCGGAGGGUCUGCGUGAUCCGGAUGCACCGGCAGAGAGCGUGCCCGCGUCCGCCACAACUCCCGCUCCCCUCGCUACGCCCACCAAGACCCACUCUAUUCCGCCCUUCGACACCGUCAUGCCCGUCACUCCGCCCGUUGACCCGUCCAAAGCCGACAACUCGACCAUCGUCCGCACGAACCUGACUCCGGCGGCAACCGGCGCUGUACCGCCGCCUGUCCCGCCUGCGCCUGCUGCGAACGCGAAUGGAGGUGCGAAUGACAAAGAGCUGGAUGCGUUCGAGGCGCUGCAGAGGCGGUUUGCGGACCUCAAGCGGAGGUGA